AUGUGCUGCUGGCGAGGGGGGAUGAUGCUGGCGGGGCCACAGCUGGUGGCGGGGCCGGCGGCGCCGGGCGGGGAGCGGGCCCGGCUGCUCUCGCUCUACGUGCAGGACUACCUGGAGUGCGUGGAGUCUCUGCCGCUGGACAUCCAGCGCAACGCCUCGCUGCUGCGGGAGAUGGACACGCAGUGCCAAGAAGCGCUAAAAGAAAUAGAUGAUGUCUAUGAAAAAUACAAGUCAGAAAACGAUCCCGUUCAGAAGAAACGCUUGCAGCAGCAUCUUCAGCGUGCAUUGAUCAACAGUCAAGAACUUGGAGAUGAAAAAAUUCAAAUAGUUACUCAGAUGCUAGAACUGGUAGAGAACAGAGCCCGUCAAAUGGAGACGCACUCCCAGUGUUUCCAAGAGCUGUCUGAGAACGAAAAGCCUCUAGAAAAGGCCAAGGUGGAGUCGUGCCAGCCUGAGAGAUCCUCGCGCAGGCCCCGCCGGCAGCGCACCAGCGAGAGCCGCGACCUGUGCCACAUAGCCAACGGCAUCGACGACUGCGACGACCAGCCGCCCAAAGAGAAACGAUCAAAAUCUUCCAAGAAGAAAAAACGCUCCAAAGCCAAACAGGAGAGAGAGGUUUCACCUGUGGAAUUUGUAAUUGAUCCCAAUGAACCGACUUACUGCUUAUGCAGCCAAGUGUCUUACGGCGAGAUGAUAGGAUGUGACAAUGAACAGUGCCCUAUUGAGUGGUUCCACUUUUCCUGUGUUGGACUGACGUACAAACCGAAGGGGAAGUGGUAUUGCCCCAAGUGCAGAGGAGACAAUGAGAAAACGAUGGACAAAUGUACUGACAAAUCAAAAAAAGAUAGGAGGUCGAGGUAGUGAAAGCAAUUUAUGUUUUAAAGAGUUGCUCCUUUUAUAUUAAAAUGUUUCAUUUCCACAGAACAUUGUUUUAGGAAAUGCAUAAGACUAUGCAAUAAUUUUUAAUCUAUAAUAUUAAUAUUAAAAACUGUUAUACCUUCUGUGAUCUUUAACUUUCUGCACUGAAUAACCAAAUAAUUGAAACAGGGUGGCUUCAGACCUUUCACAGAAGACGUUGCAAACAGAUGAUGCUUGGUUCCAAUUUGCUUUAGUAUUUUAAAGAACCUUGUGAAUCCUGAAAUAAUGGUGGUGGGAAAGAUACUGAAGAACUUCUCAUGUUAUGGUAAAGGGGUUGAAAGGCCUCAUAUCUCUGCUAGCAUCUUAACAACUGAGUUUAUCCCAAGUUUUACAUUUUCAGUUUUUGUGUUAACAUCACAUGUUUGGAGUUAGGGGUUUUAAAUUCAGCUGUAACUGUAAAAGUCUUCCGAGCUAUAAGCAGACCUCUCCAGUGACUUUCACAUGAACAGUAUGUUAUUGCAAGGAAGAAAAUACCACUAACUUAAACUUUUCUUUUUUGCCAACAUUAAACUCUUGUCUUUGUGACUAUA